AUGUUAUUGAAUCACGUCAUGAAGCAACUCAUUAGAAUUAACUCUUUUCCAUAUCUUCAUUCUGAUUUUAUUACAACAUUUUUUAUUAAAUCUCAGACAUUGGUCAAAUCUUAUGUUAAUGAUACACCUUUUAGAUAUACAAUGUUACAGACUAAAGCUUUUAUGAAUACAGCCGUGACUUGUUAG